AUGGCCGAAGUGAGAGGAACGCAUCCACAGAAGCUCAAACUCAGUAUGCCAACACGACUUGCACCCCGCAGGAGCUGGACCAAGGAGAUGCAACUGCAGCAGCACACCGACGUUGCUCCUCAGUCGGCGUCCUACGAGCUGCCUGAAGCCAUUCUCAAACCCAAGCGAAUGCAGGAUAGCUACGUCGAGCUCUAUCUCCCUUUCACUGAAGAUCCGGAAAUGCUCGAAAAGUACAUUGCUACCUCAGGUUUGAUUCGUCUAGGCAAAGUGCUCGAAGAUCUCGAUAGUCUCGCUGGCAGCAUUUCGUACCAACAUGCGCUCGGUGGACGUCCCGGUGAGGUGUCGGCACCCAUCUACAUUGUCACGGCCUCGGUAGACCGACUUGACUUGCUUGCUCCUCUCACCGCCGAUGCCAACUACCGUUUGAGCGGCCACGUCAUCUACGUCGGCUCCAGCAGUAUGGAAGUGUUUGUCAGCAUCGAACAGCUCACCGAGCCAACGCGUCCCAACAAGAUCUGUCUCACCGGCCGAUUCACCAUGGCUGCUCGAAAUGUACAUACGCUUUCCAGCCAGCGUAUAGCCCCUCUUAUUCUCGAGACGGAUGCGGAAAAAGCCCUUUUCGCCAUGGGUGAGAGUCACAAGAACCGCAAACGCACCGAAGCAGCUUCCUCGCUCGAGAAGGUGCCGCCCAGCAAAGAGGAAGCUUUCUUGCUACACAGCCAAUACAUUCGCGGUCUCCAUGCGGGAAUGUUUGCCACCGACGAGCUACAUGGCCCAGCUCUCAAAGUGGAAUCUGCUGAGGCCUCGGAUGGCCAGACUCUAGUGCCCGUCCGCAAGACGAGCUUGAGCACCACUAUGCACAUGCACCCACAGCAACGCAACGUUCACCAAAAGAUCUUUGGAGGCUUCCUCAUGCGAUCCGCCUAUGAGCUUGCUUGGAUGGUCUCUGCCUCAUUUGUCAACCGACACGUCCAGUUCCUGUCUCUCGACGCGCUCUCCUUCCACGCACCCGUUCCCAUCGGAGCCAUGCUUCAGCUUUCCUCUCAGAUCGCCUACACUUCUGCGCCGGACCAGCACCCGCAAGAUCAUACCAUUGCCGGCGUUACCGUCCUCGCAGAGGUGGUUGACCUCGAAUCGGGCGAACGCAAGAAGAGCAAUACUUUUCACUUCAGCUUCGACUUGGGCCAGACCGACCGUCAAGUGCUUCCUCAGACUUACAAGGAAGCCAUGGAGUUCAUCGAGGGCAAGCGCCGCGUCGAGAUCGGCGCCGAGAUGCGUCGUCUGUAUCAAGGAGAAGAACAGUCCGAAAAGCCACAGCUAACCCCUGAAUGA